AUGGAUUUGUUUCGUCGUCCAAAAAAGCGCGGUGGCGCCCAGCAAGCCGUUAGACAGCGCGACUCAGGUGAUUCUGAUGAAGACGGAAUCGAUAUCCAAGAGUCUGUAAAAAAGCGUCGCAGAGAUAACCCAAUGGUUCAAUCAGUAAGUAUCAUUUUUUUGAUCACUCUUAUCGUUUACAGUUAAGUUCAGACCAAAAAGCGUGUUGAAAACACCGUCGCAAGUUCGUCUUCGGGAAGUGACAAUGACUACGAUGACAAGAUAGCAGUGGCCGAGCAUUCGUUUGCAUCAAGCGGUACGACAGGCCCUUCCGGUCCACGUGAUCAAGGUUUGAAUUUUCUUUUUUUUUGCACAAAUUACAUUCUAUUCCGAAGGCUUACUCGAAGAAUUUUUUUAUAAAACGUAGAACAGAAUGUUUUUGUAGGAGCAACUGCAACAUUAGAAGUUGACACGGAUUAUGCAGCCGACGCUCAGGCACAAUUCGAACGCGUGCAAAAACAACUUAAAGAAGGAUUAGAAAAGGUUUUUGAUUUCUCUUUGUUCAUUAUGUAAUCCGUUUUUUGAAGGACGGAAAAGUGCUAUAUAAGGGCUCGGCUAUGUAUGGUGCGCGAGAAGCUAAAGAUACUGCCAAGGGAAACGCAUCAAGCGGUCUUAACCGAGUCGGCCCUAUACGUGCUCCACAGUUUUUGAGACAAACAGUGAGAUGGGACUUUGCUCCGGAUAUCUGUAAAGAUUACAAAGAGACUGGAUAUUGUACUUUUGGAGGCAAGUGCUUUGAGUUAUUCUAAAUGAUAUUUAUUAUUUAAGUUUCUAGACUCUUGUAAAUUUGUUCACGACCGCUCUGAUUACAAGCAUGGGUGGGAGAUCGAGCAGGAUUAUCUGGAAGGAAAACAUGGCGAAGAUGAUGAAGUAGAUUACGAAAUUCACGAAGAAGAAGACCAAUAUCCAGAAGAAUGCUACAUCUGUGGACAGGCUUUCAAGGAUCCUAUCAUAACAAAGUAAUUUUGGUGUUUCAGCGAUAUUUUUUUAUUUCGUUUUUCAGGUGUAAGCAUUAUUUCUGCGAGCAGUGUGCUAUGAAGUCUUUUCGGAAAUCCAAAAAGUGUCCUAUUUGUAACGAGAAUACUUUAGGCAUAAUGAACAUUGCUAAAGGUAUUUUUCGUUAAAUUUUGUUUAGUAAGUCAGUUCAAUUUUCAGACAUGAUAGCUCACUUAAAGAAGAAAAAGUUAGAAGAAGAGCAGAAAGAUAAAGUUUCUAACGAUGAUGAAGAGACUGGAACGAGUGGAAAACCUGAUGAAGAACCUCUUCAGAUGAAAUCUGAAGAAGCUGAAGAAGUUGGAGCACGUAAGCUUUUUUUUAUUGCGGUUUCGUUGUUUAUGACUUUUUUUUUCUUUAGCUUCUGAUGAUUCACGUGAUUCUGAUGGAAACGAAGAUUUUAUUAACGAAGUGACGGAAGAAGAAGAAGAAGUUGAAAUUCAAAUGGAGAAUGUGGAAGAAAUUUUCGGAGGGGAAAACGACGACGAUUCUGGAAGCGAAGAUGAAGAAGAAGACGAAGACGAAGAAGAAACUAAAUAA